CACCUUCAUGGUACAGAAAAGCCAGCAGGGUUAAGGCUGAAGUUAGCUCGCUCAGCCCAAAUCCAGCUGCAGGUACAGGCAUCAGGACUGUUUGUCCAUGUAGAGUAUAGAUAAUGCCAUGAAUCGACACACUCCCAUACAGUAGGCGGCGGUAUGCACCUUUAAAAAGUUGGAAAAAAAAAAAAAAAAAAAAAAAAAAAAAAACAGACGAAGAAGAAGCAGGAACCGUAAACAAGAUGGAGUUGCAGCCUGCGCUGCAGCUGAUCAGGUCAAAGGAGCUUCCAUCAGUGUUCAGUGUGGUGAUUAAAGAGGAGGUUCCCCCUGAGCAGCAGGAGCCAGAGCCCCCACACAUUAAAGAGGAGCAGGAGGAGCUCAGGACCAAUCAGGAGGCAGAGCAGCUUCAACAUAUCAGCGAGUUGCCGUUCCCUGCUGAGGCUGUGAAGAGUGAGGAUGAGUUGUUCAGUGUGGUGAUUAAAGAGGAGGUUCCCCCUGAGCAGCAGGAGCCAGAGCCCCCACACAUUAAAGAGGAGCAGGAGGAGCUCUGGACCAAUCAGGAGGCAGAGCAGCUUCAACAUAUCAGCGAGUUCCAGGUCACUGCUGUGGCUGUGAAGAGUGAGGAUGAUGAAGACGAGGCUCCGUGCUCACAGCCUCAUCAAGAAGCUGAACAGAUGAAAACAGACGCUGAUGGAGAGGAACCGGCCAGGAACUCAGAUCCAGCUGCUGAUUUCCAAGCAGCCGGUGACGAGCAGCUCCUCUGCUUGGACUCUGAACCUGAGACCGAUGACAGCGAGGACGAACGGGAGGAGACCAGAAAACCUCAGUCAGGUUCAAACACACCAAACAGAUCUGAACUGGGAGAGGAACCAUGGAGCUGCUCUGUUCGUGGUGCAAGCUCCAAACAAAAAGGAGACUUGAACGGACACCUGGUGCUUCACAAGAGAGAAAAACCAUUCAGCUGCUCCGUCUGCGGUAAAAGUUUUAUACAGAAAAGUGUCUUAAACAGACACAUGAGAAUCCACACAGGAGAGAAACCAGUCAGCUGCUCCAUCUGUGGCAAAAACUUCAUCCAGAAAAGCGACUUAAACAUUCACAUGAGAGUCCACACGGGGGAGAAGCCAGUUAGCUGCUCAGUCUGUGGUAAGAACUUCAUACAGAAGAGCGACUUAAACAGACACAUGAGAAUCCACACGGGAGAGAAACCGUUCGGCUGCUCGGUCUGCGGCAAAAGUUUUGUACAGAAGGUCAACUUGGACAGUCACAUGAGAAUCCACACGGGAGAGAAACCGUUCAGCUGCUCCAUCUGCGCCAAGAGUUACAAAGAGAAAACCAAAUUAAACAAACACAUGAGAGUGCACACGGCAGAGAAACCGUUCGGCUGCCCCGUCUGCGCUAAAAGCUACAAAGAGAAAAGUAAUUUAAACAAACACAUGAGAGUCCACACGGCAGAGAGAGCGUCCAGCUGCUCAGUGUGUGGGAAACGCUUCACACAGAAAAAUGAAUUCAACAUUCACAUGCGAGGCCACAGAGGACAGAGAGCAGCAGGUGGAGCUGCAGAGCUGCUGGUUUCAGCUGAACUGAUCAACAGUAACAGAACAAUAAAUUAGAGACAAGAUACUCCAUCUCUAAAUGUUGAGGUUAGAGAUGCAGCCCUCAUCUUGUGUAAACCCAAUUUCCCCUCGGAGAUCAAUAAACUUUCUGAUUCUGAUUCUGAUUCUGAUUCUGAUUCUGAUUCUGUGUCCGUGCUCGUGUU